UAUAGACAAGCUACAAGCAGCUUUUCAGUGUCAGGGGCACAAAGGGGUUAAAAGGCUGAGUGUAGAUGGGAUGAUACAAGCCCCAAGAAGAGACUCAGGCAAGAAUAGAGCAAAGCCAGGGAAGAGCCAGGGCAGAGCAAACCCAUGGCUGCCUUCACGGGAGGGGAGGCCUACAAGGCAGAGUUCGAGCCCACGGCGUACCUGGAAUACUUCAAGUUUGGACAAGGCACCUUGGGGGAUGAGUUCCUCACAUUUGUCCUGAAACACUACUGCAAAACCUUCACUUUGGGUGCUGUGACAGGCCACACCCUGACUGAUAUUGGCAGUGGACCCACCAUUUACCAGCUGCUUUCUGCCUGCGAGUCAUUUAAGGAGAUCAUUGCUUCGGAUUAUAUAGACCAAAAUUGCCAGGAGCUGCUGAAGCGGCUGAAGAAUGAACCCGGAGCAUUUGACUGGACUCCGGUGGUGCAGCACGUGUGUGAGCUGGAGGGAGACAGGAACAAAUGGGCUGAGAAAGAGGGGAAGUUACGAGGAGCCAUCAAAUGCAUCCUAAAAUGUGAUGUCCACAAAAGCAACCCCUUGGAUCCCAUUGUCCUGCCUCCGGCCGACUGCCUGGUCUCAUCGCUGUGCUUGAAAGCUGCCUGCAAAGACCACAGCCCGUACCGCGCCGCUCUGAGGAACAUCAGCUCUCUGCUAAAGCCAGGGGGGCAUUUGGUGCUGAGUGGAGAUUUGGGCACCAGUUUCUACAUGGUCGGUCCCAAAAAGUUCUUCUGUUUGGUUCUAACAGAGGAAUUUUUGAGGGGGGCUCUUAGUGCAACUGGCUUUGCCAUCCAGGAGUUUGACGUCCUCUCCAGGGACGACGACACCAUGCAGGAAAUCUGCCAUUUCUCUGGGAUGUACUUCAUUGUCGCCCGCAAAGAGAAAGCGAUUUAAGUCCCUUGGAGAAUAAGUGGGACACAAAAGGAUCCCUCUAAAACAGAAAUUAAAUUAAUUAAAAAGCUACA